UUUGUUUACAUCCCUUGAAAAGUCGCAAGUUUUCAGUGAUAAUUUUGUACUUUUAUUGAAAUUUGGUUUAGUUCGAUUGAAACAAUAGUUUCCUAGCGGUUAAGCAAUGGUUACGAUUGUUCCAUCUCGUUUUGCUGGUCUACGAAUCGAAGACGACGAUGAAGACAGCGUGAAACCAAAGCAAAAACAAAACGCUUCCCUCAUUCAAAAAGCUGCCGGCAAUAACAAACAAGCCGGUAGCCACCAGAACGCUAAUCAAAAGAAGCCGAAAUCGAAAAAGCCGAAAAAACCUGCCAACAAUGGGAUUCAACAGGAGCAGUGGUCAAAAUGGCAAGAGAAGGAUACCGAAAUCGUGGAUACUCACUACGAAAAAGAUUUGGAACAAGCCUUGCUACUGUCGAAAUUGGAUUUUGAGGCAAACAAAACCAAAUUUUCAAAAGCCGAGCAGGAAGCUAAGCUUUCCACAAAGCCAAAGAAAUCUCGUCCUUUGUCAUUGCAACAGUUUCAGACCAAGGUCGACAAGGACUCGGUCGAUAAAGAAACGGAACGCCAGCGCAAAGAAGAGGAAACACUGUAUAAUAAAAAGUUUACAUUUUUUGAACAAAUCGACCGAGAAACAAAGCAAAUCAUUCAAAAGGAGCAGUUCAAGUCAUUGGUUUCUAAUCGAGAGUAUAGCGUCGAGAAAGCUUCUACAGAUGAGAACGAGAAACCACACGUUCCGCCACAACAGGUCAGCGAAAUGGAUAAACUCAAGGCAGAGAAUGUUGCUUUGCGAUCGGAACUCGAAUUGGUUCGAUCUAGGUUAAAGAAGGUGUGCUCAAUUCUCAAAACCGGUGAGAUGAAAGACAAAUCCGAACUAUUGAUUGAGAUUGAGAAGCUCAAAAAGAGCAGGGAAGAUAUGACUGCCGAGAUGACCGCUUUGUACGCACAACUCGAGCAGGAGAAAUCUAAAAUCAGUGGCUCAAGCCACGAGCGGGGUAAAGAAAGAACGGGUAUUAGAAAAUCGGUCCGGUUCGAUGCGUCGACUGAAGUGCACAAUGGCAAGGCUGAUUAGGCAAGAGGCGCGGAAGGCUGAACUGACGGAAGGAUUCCGUUCAGUAAAAAUAUAUUCCUUAUUUUAUUUUUUAAUUCGUGAUGGAGAGUUGACCGAUCUCGCAAAAUUUCCAUGAUGUGUUUAGUGAUAGAAAUAGAAGUGUAGUGCAAAUAAACCUGUGAACCUCA